AUGAACGCCGCCGACCAAGCCCACUUGGCUGCCAUGGGACUAGCCAUCCCUCUCCCUCUCCCUCUCCCUCACCCUGUCUCUCGUCGACAGGAGAUCCGCGAUCGGGCUGAGACUCUCAGAGUCUGUACUCUGUGGCCUUCUGUGACCAGGGCCGAGUACAAACGCCGGCAUGACCGGAUGAGAAAGGCGGGGAUACGCAGGUUUUGGGAGGCCAGGUGUCAACACAAGUUGAUGCAGACUUGGCAGAACGACGAGUCUCUGAGAUACCGGGAAAGGGUCUCGGCAUUGGUCAAUGGCCAAAACCCUGCUUGGGCCUUUGGGCCUGAUUUACAGUGGUUGCCCGGCUUCCUGGCAAGUGGGGAUAUCCCACUGGAGGAGCGCAAGAUAGUGGCUGGCAUUGCCGAAGAAACGGCCCAUUAUGCUAUCGAGCAAGCAGAGAGGCAUAAUCGCCUUCUCCGGAAAUGGCUAUGGGGUUACGAUGACCGUUUUGAACGAAAAAGGCAUGAGCGCUUUGCUCAGUCGGCAAAACGUGCCGCUAUCAAAUAG